AUGCUCAUACUUAACUAUUACUUACCGAUAUAUUCGACCACCAGUUAUUCAAACCAUUGCUCCCAUCACAUCCUGUCCCAUCCCAUCCCAUCGUAUCGUAUCGUAGUCGUAUCGUAUCGUAUCCCAUCCCAUCCCAUCACAUCACAUCGUAUCGUAUCGUAUCGUAAUCGUAAUCGUAAAGACUUGCUUUAUUCAAACCGUUGCUUUCAUCACAUCCUGUCCCAUCCCAUCACAUCACAUCCCAUCGUAUCGUAUCGUAAUCGUAUCGUAAUCGUAUCGUAUCGUAUCGUAUCCCAUCCCAUCCCAUCACAUCACAUCACAUCGUAUCGUAAUCGUAAUCGUAAAGACUUGUUGUUCGGAUAG